GCGCUCGCCCCGGGGCGCGGUGACUGAAUUUGGCCCCCGUCCCGUCCCGUCCCGUCCCGUCGCACUGGAACGACUCUCGCCCCCACCCACCCCCUCCAGUCAUGCGGAGGCUGCUGGCGACUCUCCCAUUCCCUCACGCCCGGCUAUUGGCGGCGGCUGCCGAGCUCCCCGCCCCGGGGCCUAGGGCGCCACCGGCUGGCUGGGGGGAGCGGCGGGCAGCGGCGGUCGCUUGGCUGCUGGGCUCGGGGCGCUCCAUGGCGCAGUGCGGGGGCGUCGCGCCGCCCUCACCCGCCGCGGAGGAGGCGCAGGGGCCGGGGGCAGCCGCCGGGGACCCGCCCCCCAGAGCCGGCCAGUCCCUGGAACAUGAUGGGCUGGAAAAUGUGCAGAGGAAAAAAAUCAUUCCAAAGAAAAAGAAAAGAACAAAAAGAAGAAAAGGGUCACAAACUCCUCCUGACUCCAUGGAUAGUUUGAUGGCAGAAAUGCCAUUUGCCAGUACAGAUACUAGAGAUGAAUUUGGCAUUACUAGUACAUUUGAAAUGUAUUUUAAAAAGAGGAGAAAAAGAACUACUAGAAAGACUGAAGACAACGAUCAAACAAAGAAGAAAAAGCAAGAUCAGCCAAACUAUUUCAUCUCUCUUCCAAUUACAAACCCAAAGAUUACAAGAGGUAUUCAGGCUGUCCAAGACACAGUAGUACAAAAGGAUCACAGGUUUUCCCAAGCAAUGGUUCGUUAUGGCUCCUUACAUGUCACCCUGUUAGUGAUGCAUUUAUCCAGUGAAGAAGAAGUUGGCAUAGCAGUUGGUGCUCUUUUAGAAAGCAAAGAUGCAGUAGAAGAACUCCUACAAGGAAAACAUUUGGAUUUAUCAUUUCAAGGAAUUGAUCAUUUUAGAAAUGAAGUUGUAUUUGUGAAGUUUGCAGUGAGUGAUCAUACAGCCGCGCUUAAGGAGAUAUCAGAGACCAUGCAGAAGAUAUUUCAAGAAAAGGGCAUCUUGGCAGGAGAAAACAGAGCUUUUAAACCUCACUUGACGUUCAUGAAGCUGUCAAAAUCACCAGAGCUACGUAAGCAGGUGAAAAAAAUUGACCCGACCCUGUAUGAGAACUUUAAAAACCACUAUUUUGGAGAUGAAACCCUGUACCGCCUAGAUCUUUGCUCCAUGUUGAAAAAAAAGCAACCCAAUGGCUACUACCACUGUGAGUCCUCUAUCACAGUCGGUGAAAAGAAUGAGGCAGAGCCAGAUGAUGCGGAAUUGGUGAGCCUCAGCAAAAGGCUGGUGGAGAAUGCAGUCCUCAAGGCUGUACAGCAGUAUCUAGAAGAAACGCAAAACAAAAACAGACAGACUGAUGGAAGCCCAGUGAAAACUGAGGAAUCAGCUAGUGGCAAUACGAAUGAAAAAUGAUAGUGAUAACAGAAACCGAGUGCUGUGAGAAUGCCAAGGAAGCACAAAUCCACCAAGAACAACCAUCAAAACAUGUUCCAGCUCCCUAUUCAGAUCUGCUAAGUUGUACUGGCUGACUUGCAUUGUGCUUUGUGAGCGUUCUUAUCAGAAGUGUGUUCUGAAUCGAGGGGCGCUAACUAACAGUUUCCCGAAAAGCGUUCGGAUUGCUGAAAAACUACUGAAUGCUGGGAAAGAUGAUUGGGGAAAAAGAGACAAGAUUUUGAAAUAAAAAGAUCAAACUUUCACAGGCUCUUAACUACUGAGAAUAUCUUCAUAGCUUUCAAAGAGGAACAGGACAGCCUCUUGCACUGAAAUCAAUGGCCAUGGAACAAGGCCCUGCCAUAAGUGAAAACAAUGCGAGCUACAGUGUUUGGCAGAGCUGCAUAAACUGGUCACUUGAUCUGCAGCAAAGAAGUCCACAUUGUGCUGCAAAGCUGAGAGCAGUCAAUGCUAAGCUAAAAAAGUUACCAGUACAGAUGUUUAUCACAGAUACUAUUACACAGUAGGGAAUAUCAUGGGAGUUUCUCUUGAAUGUGACACUAUGAAGUAUUCUUCACUUUUCAGUAAAGUUUGUUCACAUAAAUUAUAUUUUUUGACAAAACACUACCUUUUUAUAUACAAUAAACAUGGGUGAAAUUCUAAGUACUUAAAACACAUGCCUGUUUUGAUACAUUAAUGCCAUACUUUAAUAUUUAGAAAUGACAUUAGUUAUAUGCAAAAUGUAUUGUAUCAUUCUUUUCCUCUAGGGAAGAGCUGUGAAUCAGACUUAAUAAAGAAAGCCUUACACAGAGAAUCGCUGGCGCUGUUAUCCAAACUGAAUAAGAUAAAGGAGCUCUUAUCAAAUCCAGAGACCCGGAUGAAAAUUAACAGGGAACUGUUUGAAGGCAGACAUAAACAGCAGUAGUCACUGGGAAAGUCAUGUUGACUCCAACUCUCCAGCUAUGUGAUUGUAAAUAGCUAUGGUGUAAAAUUUCAUACGGUCGUUUUAUGAUGAAAAAUAUUGUUUAUGCAAAUUUUCCAUCCCUGUUUUUUUUAUACAGCCAAUAUAAAUGAAAACCAAUAUAGUGCGUGGUUUUGUUUUAAAAUUCAUGCACAGAAAAGAACAGACUGUUUACUGAUGAGUUACAGUAGCUCUCUAGAUUAAUUUUUGGAUGGAUGGAAGGAAGGAAGGAAAACGUUAAGGAUGCAGGUAUAUGUCAUGAUUCUGCCACAGAAACACUGAUUUCUAAAGGUUCUGAUCAAACACUGUGGCCAACACAUACUCUCAAAGUGAUUUUUAAAAUGUAUAGCUGAAGAAGGCAUUUUUAAUUAUUUGUCUUUUCUGUAUAUGCUGGUAUUUUGGGUUGGCACUGUUUCUUGUUUGUUUGUUAAUCAGCACUUGAAUACACAUGUACACAUGCUGAAAUGUUGUUUCUGCUAUUGUUUACAUGCAAGCAAGAAUGUUUUAAUCUCUCAAGGUAAAAUCCUGGCUCCACUGAGGUCAGUGGCAAAAUUCCCAUCAACUUCAGUGGAGCCAGGAUUUCACUCUUAUUAUUUAUUGUUCAAAUAAUCAUUAUUCAGAAUAUUUGCCUUGUUACUUCUGUGGAAACAAGAAGCUUCUUGUUUUUAUUUCUGUUAUUUCCUCCAUCUCUUUGUUCUCUGCUCUGUGAAAAGGGGUCUGAACCUGUAUUCCCUGUGCAUUCAAUACAUCUAUUGAGUUCAGUGGAAGUACUGGGUGCACAAAAAGAUAUCUGCAGGAUUGGGCCUAAUAUUUGCACUUUUUAAGCAUUUGUGUAAAAUUGCCUACAAUUGUAAAAUCGUCUACUUAAUCAUGCAUUCUGUGAUCAAUAUCAGAUUUGUGCUGGUAGAACUGCAGUAUAAAUAUUAAGGUUUUAUUUAUCAACUAUGAAAUUAUAUUGGUAUUUUAUCUCAUGGAUUAGUUCUUUUUUCUCAAAUGAUAAAUGAGAGCAUAUUCAAAUAUGCAUCUUAUGUAUUCGAGUCCAUCUUCCUAAUAAAAACAUUUUCUUUUU